UCAACAUUCAAGUAUGCAUUCAAUUUCAAUUCAAACCCGAACUGCAUUGUGUCAAGCACGUUUGUCUAAUUAUUGAAAUAAUUAUUAAAUAUUACAUAUUGAAUUGUUCAACAAUCUUCUUAAUUUGUUUCUAUAUAAAGUAGAACAUAAGGGAUUUGUAGCCAGGAGUUUUUUUGAAUAUGGGUAAUGGCGAAUCUGUGGAGAAACCUAGAAAGGAUAAUUCUAAUAAUUCCUCAGUUGGCAGUUCACAUGGAAGAAGAAAUUCAGGUGUAGCAAAUUCUAAUCCCUCCAAAGUGGAAAAAGCUAAAAUGGCAACGGAAAAUCUUGAAACCAAACUGGAAAACAUAAACUUAACCGAUAAGAAAGAAAUCAACAUUUUACUGCUCGGCGAAACCGGAGUGGGAAAAUCGACAUUCAUCAAUGCAAUAUUCAAUUAUCUGCAGUUUGCCGAUUUCGAAAGUGCCGAACGUGGAGAAUUUAACGUGCUCAUACCGACGAAAUUCUCCAUUUACGAUAAGGACGGGAAUCUGCGACGAAUUGAGGUGGGCACCAGUGGCGACACCAAUGAGGACUUGACCAGUGGAAAUUCAGCCACUCAGGCCGUUAAAACUUACAGUUUUUAUAUGAGAGGCAAAGAUACACAGGUUCGGAUUAUAGACACCCCGGGAAUGGGCGACACCAGGGGAAUCGAGGCGGACGACAAUAACUGCGAGAACAUUUUAAAUUAUUUGUCGCGCCUUCACCAUUUACACGCAAUUUGCUACUUAUUCAAACCGCACGAAUCCCGGAAUACGGUCCAUUUCAGGUACUGCGUCACCCAAAUUAUGUCCCGACUGGAAAAAUCCGCGUGCAAGAAUAUCGUUUUCGUGUUUACGCAUGCCAAAGGAAGUAAUUAUAUGCCCGGCGAAACUUUACAGUUGCUAAGGAAUAUGACCGAGGAGUUUCGUAAGAAUUCCGCCCACGCCGAUAUCCCGUUGGAUAAUAACGCGUUCUGUUUCGAUAACGAGGCUUUUCGGAAUUUGGCCGCGGUGAAGAACGCAGUGGAUAUCGGGACGAGAAUUAGGGCCGACAGCGUGGACAAUUGGAGAAGAUCUACCGAGGAAUGCUGGAAGAUGAUCCAGUACAUUUUGGGUCUGCCGCCCCACAUGGUCCACAACACGUCCGCCAUAAACGAGGCCCGCAGGAUUAUUUAUCAGUUGUCGCAGCCGAUGGCGGACAUCGCUCAAUUGAUUAACGAUAACAUUCAGAUUUUAAAUAACCACCGCCACCAUUUGGACAUCGACAAUAAGAGUUUGGCGACGUUAAAGGGAAAACUCUAUAUACCGGUUAUCGAUUUGGUUGUGAAACAAUUGACUCAGCCGGUUACUGUAUGCACCCAUAAGGACUGUUGCGAAGUACAUAAGGUGAUGAACGAAACGCACGAGUGGCAUUACAAAACGAGAUGCCACGAUCCCUGUUAUUUAACGAACGUCCCGAGGGACCUCAUCGGGAGUCCGGAGUUGAUGAAGUGCGCCGCAAUGGGACGUUCGCAGUCCUGCACGAAGUGCACUCACAGUUAUAAGAUCCAUAUGCACGUAUAUUACAUGACGGAAAAGAAGUCCACGCAGAAAAAAGACGAGAACGUAUCGGCGUUCAUCAACACCAAGGAACUGGUAAUAGAAAACGCCAAAAGGGUCAUGCAAGAGGUGGAGGAGCGUAAGAGAAAGCUGGAGAACGAAUUGAGGACGAUCGUCGAGUGUAAUGCCAAAUUCGCGCAUUUUCUUCAGCAUAACGCCAUCGUACCUUUCAACGAUUCGUACGAGGAGUAUAUUAAUUAUCUUAUCAUUAGAGAGAAUAGCCUCGGAACGGAAGCGGACACCGCGAAACUCCUGGGACUGCAGCGAUUGUUACGCGAACACAACGAGAUGAAAAAAGCCUUCAGGGAGGCCGCCGACUCGCAAAAGAAAAUCGGCCGGGCGGACGUGGUUAACUCGAGGGACAUCUGCACCACCAUGGAGCGAUUGUUCAAGUUGCCUCUGAACGGCCAAACGAUCAGAAAUCUGUUCGAAAGUCAGAAGAAGUCGAUGUCCAAGGAGCACAAGUUUUCCGAGUAUACGCACGCGAAAUCCUUCGAUCCCGCUGCGAUUCAACCGACGCCGGUGCAGAAGGAGAAUAAGAGCAAUGCGUCCGCAUCGAAUCCGACAUCGAAGUUUCAACGCGGCCGUCAAAAUAUUCGGGGCGGCAACAGGGGCAGAGGACGCGGCAACUCCGCGCCGUCCCAAAACCGAAACUAUCAAACGCCGAGGAGUCACUCGCCCCCGCCCCCACCUCCACCUUUACUCUCUUCUGCUGGUCCAUACUCUCCUCCACCGCCUCCGGCCAAUUAUCAACCGCCGCCUCCGGCCAAUUACCAACCACCGCCCCCGCCCCCAGCAGGUCAAUAUAACCCGCCAGGAGGAUCUAAAGCGGACACUACGCUACAAGUAAACGGGACCUUGCCAGCGCAACCCGCGGAAUACCCCAGGGACCACCAAAGGAACGAUUAUCCUUCGUCUUCCCGGGAAUACCCUCCAAGGGCAGAUUAUCCUCCAAGAGAUGCAUAUCCACGAGAUCCUUAUCCUCCAAGGGAUCCUUAUUCUCCAAGGGAUCCUUAUCCUCCAAGGGAUCCUUAUCCUUCAAGAGAUCCUUAUCCUCCAAGAGAUCCUUAUCCUCCAAGAGAUCCUUAUCCUCCAAGAGAUCCUUAUCCUCCAAGGGAUCCUUACCCCAGAGAUCCUUAUCCACCAAGGACGGAUUAUCCUCCAAGGGAUGGUUAUCCUAGAGAUCCGUAUGCUCCAAGAGAUGCCUAUCCACCCUAUCAAGAACAUCCGCCAAGGUACGAUCAUGGACCGUAUCAGCAUUCAGGUGCAAACAGGGGAAGAGGAAAUAACCACUACCAAAAGAACUUUAAUAAUCAUGACAAUCAGCGCGGACGUCAAAAUAACAAUAGAGGCAACAGGGGCGGCAUUAACCGCAGAAGCAACAAAAGGAAAAAUAAUAACGCCGGUGGUGGUAAUAAAAGCGGCAACGAAUCGGACUCUUCUGUGGCCUCUUCCACCCGUAACAAAUACUAAAAAACAAACAGGCACAAAAGUCAGUUUUUAACUAUAUAAUAUACUUUAAUGUUAAUUUUAUUAUUACUAUUAUUAUAAUACAGUAGCAAACCGGAUGGAGAUGGUCGGUUGCUUCUCCGGUAAGGCGCAAUCGGAGCAUAAAAUCUUCAUCCAAAAAAAAUAAUUUUAAAAUAGGCAGCAUCGGGGGGGUUUCCAUCGCAAUCGUUCCGGUGAAUUUGUUGAUGGAGCACACUUUAUUAGGACACCUUGUACGUCUGUUUUGUGUUUCUUACAUGUACAGAGAACACAUUCCUACCCAUUGGUUGAAAAGAAUGACGGUGUAAAUCAACCCGGCAUUUUUAUGUUUGCAUCACAUAUUUACGACCUAUAUUCUUAUUAAUUAGGGCCUUGGAAGUUUUAGGUCAAUGGAAAUACCGUAUGAUUCUUUACCUUUGAGUUCGAAUAUUUCUGAUGCACAAUGGUUUCCAUCAUAAUUGGAGCACACAUUAUUGGUACUUAUGUACCUGUAUGUUCCGUACAGAGAGCACAUUUUGUAGUCACUGUUUUAAAAGUAUUACAGUGUAAACCAACCUAGCAUGUUUAUAUUUACAUCGUAACUGUACGAUCGUUUCCGAUCCGGAAUUGUACCGUUUGGGUUCAAAUAUUCCUAGGCAUCAUAAUCGUUCCGGUGAAUUUUUUGGAUGAAACACACUUUAUUGGGACACCCUAUGUUGCUCUGCUUUGUGUUUCUUAAGUAUACAGACAGCACAUUCUUACUCAUUAUCUUAAAAGAAAUACGGUGUAAUCGAAAACUAGCAUGUUUGACUAAGUUUGCAUCACAUCUUUUUCGAUCCUCUAUUCCCAUUAUUUAGGGUCUUUUCGAUAGAAACACCGUAUGAUUCUUAACGUUUGAGUUGGAUUCAAAUAUUCCUGAUGCACAAGGGGUUCCAUCAUAAUUACACAUUAUUAUUGGUACAGCCUGUAUGACUGCUCUAUGUUUUUUAAGUACCCAGAAAGCACAUUCCUACCCAUUGUUUGAAAAGAAUAACGCAGUGUAAAUCAAUUUAGCAUGUUCAUGUGUGACUAAGCUAACGACCGUUGCUGAUCCUAUUUUCGAAUGGUUUAGGGUCUCUUUAAUGGAAAUACCGUAUGAUUCUUAACGUUUGGGUUGAAAUAUUCCUGGUGAUUAUUAGAAAAUGUGCUCUCAUAAAUUUACGAUUACUCACAUACAGCCUUGAAUUGGGAUAACUUUGAUUCCUAUUUUACAGGUUAAUGAUGUGAGGGUUAUAAAAUAUUGAUGGUUAAACCUAUAGCCCUUUAUUGAAGCUACAGCUCUUUUUCUGGUUUAAAACCCAGUAAACUGUUGUUUUGACAGUAUGGGAUAUAGAAACUAUUAAAAAUAUUACGUUAAUGUUGUUAAUUGGGUCGCUUUAAGGGAAUCUUGCACUUUAACCGUUUCGUUAUUAAGAAAACUACACUGUGUCACACAUUUCGUUUUCAAUCAUUUUCACACAAAAUGAUUUAAAGAGAGAAUGUUGAGACACAUUAUAUGUUUAGGUUUAAGAAUUAUUAUUAUGUUAGUGUUUGUUUUAAAUACAUUAUAUUUACUCUGAACAAUAA